AUGUACACUAUUGGGCUUUCAAAUCAAUGAAAAGAAGGUUUUUUUUUUUUUUUCCCUGUCUGUUUUAGACGUACUGAGACUCGAACUAGGGUUUUGGUGUUGGUUUUCCAUAGAAAACCUAGUAAGAAACCAGCUGAAGCUGGAUUCGAUCCCGGGAUCUUCAACAUCAGGGCUACAAAUUUCCCUCCAUUUUCCCAAAGUCUCAACCACCCAAACGGCUACUGAAAAUCAAAGUAAUGGCGUCGAGCUUCCAGGCCGUUUCAACGGUGGGAGCUUUAUCCUAUCCAAACGCUAUUGCCUGGUCCGAUGAGAACCUAAUCGCUAUUGCUUCCGGUCACCUCGUCACCAUACUCAAUCCUGCAUUGCCUUUGGCACCACGGGGCCUUGUCACGAUCUCAACCGGCGAACCGCCUUUUACUAUCGGAGUUGUUGACAGGAACGAUUUACUCACAGCUUGCUUGCUUCCAACAUCUUUGUCUCGGGACACUCGGCCCUGCGUUCGAUCAAUUUCAUGGUCGCCGAUUGGACUAGCUCCUAAUGCCGGGUGCUUGCUUGCGGUUUGCACAACGGAAGGUCGAGUGAAGCUUUAUCGUCCGCCAUUUUGUGAUUUCUGUGCUGAAUGGAUAGAGGUUGUGGAUGUGUCAAAUAGACUUUAUGAGUAUCUUGCAAGUAUCAGUUUUGGUGAGCAAGAAGCUUGCACAACCUCGAAAACUUCUGAUGAGCAUGCAACUGAGAACAGAUUGGCUAAUGAGGAUUCAGACAUUGUCCUAAGACGUGGGAGGAAACGAAGAAAAGCCGUUGCUUCCAGGAUAGUAAAAGACUCUAUUUCUGAUGAGCAGGAUGAUGAAACUGGGAAGGAAAGACAGGAAUUGAGUAUGGUGCUUUAUACCGGCACUGCCCCAUUGAAAGUAGACAAUUCAAAACGGAAUGUUUCUGCCUCUAAGUCUAAGGCAAAACCUCGCAAAAAGAUACCAGAACACAGCACACAGCCACUGAUAACAGCAGAUAAAUAUGCUUCUCGCAGUUCAAUGUUAUCAUCACUUGUAGUUGCUUGGUCACCAGUGCUGCAAUUGACAAGUAAAACCUGUUCAAUUCCUCAAAAUGGUUCAUCGGUCUCUUUACUUGCUGUUGGAGGAAAAUCUGGUCAAGUUUCAAUAUGGAGAGUUUCUGUACCAAAUUACUUUUCUAUAGAGCAUGGUGGGGUCCCAACUACUGCGACAAUUGUUGCACUUCUUCAGGCACAUCAUACAUGGAUCACUGCAAUUAGUUGGGCAUUACUGGAUUCUGAUUCUUCAAAUCCUCAUGUUUUAUUGGCCACUGGCAGUACUGAUGGAAGUGUCAAAAUCUGGCUGGCAUAUAAUGAGCAAUUGCUGAAGUCGACAGAAUCUAAUCAUGCUUCUUUUUCCCUGUUGGAGGUUAUAGCUGUUGAUAAUGCCCCAGUUUCAGUACUUUCACUUGCAAUGCCUGACAAGUUCAGUGACAAAAUACUCUUAGCUAUUGGUAAGGUAUCUGGAUCUUCUGAAGUAUGGAUAUGUGAUGUAUCCAGCAGCAAAUUCGACAAAGUUGGCUUAUAUGAGAUGCAUGACCAUGUUGUGACAGGUUUAGCUUGGGCUUUUGAUGGACGUUCUUUGUACAGCUGCAGCCAGGAUAACUUUGUGCGAAGUUGGAUAUUAAGUGAUGGUGUGCUCCGUGAAGUACCUAUUCCUUCAAAUACUCCUCGGCUAAGAAGCUCAACUGAUUUGCCAGAUGCAUACAUUUCAUGCUUGGGUCUUGCAGUCUCUCCUGGAAAUCUUGUGAUUGCUAUGGUUCGCAACUUUGAUCAAGAUUUAUUAGAUCCAAUGUACCAGCAAAGGACUCAAAAGGCUGCUGUUGAUUUCUUUUGGAUUGGUGCACAACAAGUUAAUCCUUUGUCGGACUUUUCUCCGGAUGUUGUCAUUCCUGGUUUUCCUGGAAAGGAAUUGGUUUGCUGGGAAUUAAAUAUUCUUUGGUCUUUGAAACAGUACGAAAAUCAGAACAAGCCUCUGGUUGUUUGGGAUAUUGUAGCAGCAUUAUUGGCUUUCAAAUGUUCUUCAGCAAAGUAUGUAGAGCAUGUACUGGUCAAGUGGCUCUCAAUUUCAUUCGUUGGAUCUCAAUUUCAAAUGGGACUCUCUGCCGAAAAGAUUUUGCCACAUGUUUCAAAAAGUUUAUCAAAGCUUGCUUCUCGCCAGUUGCACCUCCUGAAUAUUAUCUGUAGAAGGGUGAUAUUAUCAGAGCUGAAGCCUGAGCAAAUAAACUGCAAAGAGCAGAACUUGCAAGGACUAGAUUGUACUGAAGAAGAAAAAUUGAUGAUGUGGAUUGAGUUGCUUUUGAGCAGUGAAAGAGAACUCCGUGAGAGGCUUGUAGGCCUUAGUUUUUCGGCUUUUACUAGUCUGAGUCUGAGGUCCCAUUCAACUACAGUUUCUUCUCAACCCGGAGAUUGGUUUCCUGUUGGAUUAGCACAGAUGGAGCAGUGGGUUUCACUCAAUCGUGAUGUUGUACAGGACCAGUUAAGAGUCCUUGCAAUAGAGGUUGGAAAGCAUAAGGAGAGGAACAGACUGCAAUUAAGUGGAAAUGCAUCAACAGAGAAGUGUAGUUAUUGUUCAUCCUCGGUUCCAUUUGAAUCUUCCGAAGUUGCAUUUUGUCAAGGAGUUGGACAUGGCCAUAAACUAGCUAGGUGUGCUGUUUCUAUGGAGGUUUGCCCUCUAACUCCUCUAUGGUUUUGCAUGUCUUGUCAUAGACAAGUAUUCAGACUGCCACCAGAGACUCUAUUUGCGUUGCCCGAAUACCCUGUAGAUUUCAAGUCAUCUGCUACAAAUAUUUGUUCAAAACCCUUGUGUCCAUUUUGUGGGAUACUGCUACAAAGACUACAGCCGGAUUUUCUGCUCUCUGCAUCUCCUGUAUAAAAGCUAAAGACUUUCCUGUA